CAGUAAGACUUUCUUCAAUGAGUUUGGACGUCAUGACGCCGAGAUACUCCUGGGAAGUUGCAGUGCCACGGCAAUGCGCAAUGUCCACGAACGAGGGAGUCGUCUGGAGUAUCUCUGCUGGAGAAUAUGGCAUCUCACACGAAAAAAGAAGCAGUUGGAAUGGGAAGAGGCACACCGACUUGCAAGUCAGCACCUCGCCAAAGAGAGAGACUCGGAAGUGAAAUAUCACGAUUAUGCUGGGCCGCUUGCUGGGAUGGGCACUGAUGAGGAGCUGGAUGACGAAGUUCCACCACUUCCUGAAGGUGUUCAGAUGGACAAGGAUAUAUGGGGAGAGCAACAUGAAAAGAAACUCUACAUUGUGUUGAUAAGUAUGCAUGGGCUAAUUCGUGGCGAAUCCAUGGAGCUAGGCCGGGACCCUGACACAGGUGGUCAGGUGAAGUACGUCGUGGAGUUUGCUCGUGCUUUAGCGUCCAUGCCACAAGUUUACCGUGUGGACCUCUUAACUCGGCAGGUCUGUUCACCGGAAGUUCAUUGGACAUACAGCCAACCUGUGGAAAUGCUCACAGCAGCCACGUAUGAUCCUGAUGGGGGUUUGGGAGAGAGCAGUGGUGCGUACAUCGUCAGAAUCCCAUGCGGGCCUCGUGAUCAGUACAUCCGCAAGGAACUUCUGUGGCCGUAUGUUCAGGAGUUCGUUGAUGGAGCGUUGGCUCAUAUCACCCAUAUGGUGCAUGUGCUUGCCGACCAGGUUGGCGGCGGCGAGUUGGUGUGGCCUUACGUCAUCCAUGGCCAUUACGCGGACGCUGGGGAUUGUGCGGCGCUCUUGUCUGGCGCACUGAACGUGCCGAUGGUAAUGACAGGACAUUCGCUGGGUCGGAACAAGCUCGAGCAGUUAGUGAAGCAGGGACGGAUGACAAAGGAACAGAUCAAUGCAAACUACAACAUAUCGCGCCGGAUAGAGGCAGAAGAGUUCUGCCUCGAUUCUGCAGAACUUGUCGUGACGAGCACCAGGCAGGAAAUCCUGUCACAAUGGGGUCUGUAUGAUGGGUACAACCGGAAGCUGGAGAUGGCCUUCAGAGCACGGAUGCGGAGAGGCUCAAGCUGUCAUGGUCGCUUCAUGCCGAGGACUACAGUUAUCCCACCCGGAAUGGACUUCAGCAACAUCACACCUCCAGAUCCAGACGAUGACGAAGAACUACUACCUGUGGCAUCAGGGAUAACAACUUUUGGACCACCACUACCGAAUGAUCCUCCCAUAUGGGCUGAAAUUAACAGGUUUUUUACCAAUCCCCACAAGCCAAUGGUUCUAGCACUUGCCCGUCCUGACCCGAAGAAGAACCUGGCUGCACUUGUGCGCGCUUUUGGAGAGUGUCGUCCCCUCCGUGAGCUUGCCAAUCUGACUCUGAUCAUGGGUAACAGGGACACAAUUGAUGAGAUGGCCCCCAGCAGUACAAAUGUGCUAACGCUGGUACUGAAGCUGAUUGACAAGUAUGAUCUCUACGGCACAGUGUCCUAUCCGAAGCACCAUACGCAGCGUGACGUCCCAGAGAUAUAUCGACUUGCAGCCAAGACCAAGGCUGCUGCUCAUGGACUGCCAAUGGUGGCAACUCAAAAUGGAGGUCCUGUUGACAUUCAGAAGAUGCUAGGUAAUGGUCUUCUGGUUGAUCCACAUGAUUUCAAGAGCAUGGCGGACGCGCUGCUGAAACUUGUGUCGGACCGGAACCUGUGGAGGGAAUGCCGGCGGAAUGGCCUGAAGAACAUAUGCUGCUAUUCGUGGCCGUCGCAUUGUAUGACGUACUUCACGAAGGUGGCUGGCUGCCGGCAGCGACAUCCUCAAUGGAAGAGUGACGCUAAAGAGCAUCCGGACGUAGACGACGAAUACGACGAACGUGAGGAGGAGCAUUUCAAUACUAGUGGGUCAGCAGAGAUGGAGUCGCUUCUGAUUUCCAUGGACGAGGAGGGCGCCUCUCGUAUUCUCGCAUUCACGAGCUCCGGAGAUUCCGACAGCAAGCUGUACAUGUCCGGUGAGAAAGGAGAUAAGGUCCCAUUUUGGAAACGGGGACGAGGAGGGCAGUCUGGGGUGUUACGCACCAUGGUGGAGGAGGGUGAAGGUGGGGGCUCGGCAAAACCAGCACUGACCGUGCCCGGCCCCAUCAGCAGGGCGGUGGAUGCGUCAGACCUGGCACCAGGCACUGUCCUCAGAAGCCGGAAACGGCUUCUGAUCUUUGCCAUCGACAGCUACUACGAGGACGGGCGGCCGACGGAUUCUAUUGUCCGUGCUCUGAGGAGAGCGAUAAGCGUUGCUGGGAUUAUGGGAAGAUCGGCGAGGGGAGGAGUUGGCUUUGGCGUCUCGACUGCCAUGAAUGUUCAAGAAAUAACUGCAUUGCUUGAGAGCGGUGGCAUUCCGCCGCGGACUCUGGACGUUGUCAUUGCGGGUGGGGGUAGUGGGAUGUUUUACCCCGUGUUGGGACGCGAGGAUGGAAGUGGUAGCAAUGCAGGUUCGGGGAAAACCACGAAGGCAACGAAGAAAUUCACCCGCGACGAGGACUACCCCUCGCAUAUCGAGUACAGGUGGGGAGGAGAUGGUCUCCGGAGAACAAUGGCACGCUUCCUCGUUCAGAGGACCCGAGAUGGAGCACUAAUCGAAGAAGAGGUGGCCAGCGGGCGUGCAAACAAGUGGCUGGAAGAAGAUGUGGCUCGAUGCACACCCUACCGUCUUGCCUACAAAGUUGCUAAUACUGCACAGGUAGAGGCAAGAGGCUUUGACGAAGUCGCGGUGGGGGACAUGCUUGGCUACGUUGCUAAGGUGGCGCGCGAGUUUGUCUCGCAACGGUACGAAGAAAACAACGCACCGUUGCUCUACUUUCGCAUUCAGAUUGGGCAAGCGGCCUGCAACGCUUUGCUAGAUUGCGGCGCAACUCGCAACUUCAUCAGCCAGUCCUUCAUGACUCGGGCUGGCCUUGGCGCACAAGUACGGAGGAAGUCACAUCCGACGACGGUCGCUCUUGCCGACGGUAAGACAAAACAGCUUUUAGACCGUUACAUCUCGGCUGUCCCGGUGUACUUCGCACUGCACGCAUCUGAACCUGUCACUUUUGAUGUGUUGGACACCGACUUCGAUGUCAUUUUGGGGAUGCCUUGGCUUUCUAGCGCGGACCACACGGUCAAUUUCCAUCGACGCACGCUCACGAUUCGUGAUGCAACUGGCGCCGAGGUCCCGUGUACUAUUCCUCCUCGCUCUUCCAUUAGGUGCCAAGUCGUGAGUGCCAAAUCUUUUCGAGACACAUGCCGUUCUGAGCAUGUCGAAGAGAUUGGCAUCGCUUUGCUUCGAACUGUCCCGACGACCGAUUCAUCGUCCACAGAAGUGUCUUCCGACCCCCGUGUGACCCGGUUGUUAGACGAGUUCUCGGAUGUUUUUGAGACACCCUCCGGUAUAGUGCCGGACCGGCCAAUCGCUCACGAGAUCAUACUUGAGGCCGGCGCCGUGCCACCGAAAGGAUGCAUUUAUCGCAUGUCCGAGGAGGAGCUCACGGUUCUCUGUGCGCAACUCGACGAUCUACUGGACAAGGGUUGGAUCCGCCCUAGCAGCUCACCUUACGGUGCGCCCGUUCUCUUCGUUCGGAAGAAGAACAAGGACCUUCGACUUUGCAUUGACUACCGACGCCUCAACGCGCAAACCAUCAAGAACGCGGGGCCUCUACCUCGCAUUGACGAUUUGCUUGAGCGGUUGGGCGGCGCCAAGUACUUUUCGAAGUUGGACCUUAAGUCGGGCUACCAUCAGAUUUCCAUCCGCUCGCAAGAUCGGUACAAAACCGCGUUUAAGACGCGAUAUGGGCAUUUUGAGUGGGUAGUUAUGCCUUUUGGCCUCACCAAUGCCCAGUUCGGACACAGAAGAUAUCUGUGUGUGCGCUGGGGUUAUGAUAAAUCGAACAUGAUCGUCGUAACUGGCCACGGUGGCGAUUCCGACUUUCCCGAGCUCCCCGGUGGCCUCCACAAGACUGUGCUUGUGGGAGACGCGUACCCGAACAUUGUGAAAAGUGGCCUGAUCCAUUCUGGUCUGACGUCGGUGGAUGGGAAGCUUGCAGACAAGCCAAAUGUUAUCGUCAUGGAUCCUGAAAAGGGGCCCGAAGCCGUAGGGGAAGCACUGAUAACCCUUCAAGUUGGCAGCAUGUGAAGUAUGUGUCGGAUUGUGUCCCCUUUGAAAAAAGUUGAAAGUUUUUUUUUGAUUUGUUUUUGUCGCUUUCAAGUUUCAAUGUUUAACGA